AUGUAUCUCCGCUCCUUACCCCGUGCAGCUCGUGCUUCCACGAGUCCUGCGACAACAUGUCCGCGGAUUGCCUUUCGACAGUUCCAGUCCUCGAGCCGAUCUCUAGCGCCAACCUUCUCAGCUACAACGCAGCAGCCUCCGAUGACCAGCCAGUCCCAGGUCCGAUCCGCUCACGCCAUUUCCAACCCUACCCUUGCCGGGAUUGAGAAGAGAUGGGAAGCGAUGCCUCCACAAGAGCAAGCCGAGCUUUGGAUGCAGCUGAGGGAUCGCAUGAAGGUCGAUUGGCACGAAAUGACUUUACAAGAGAAGAAAGCAGCAUGGUGGAUUGCAUUUGGACCUCACGGCCCUCGCGCCACGGACCCGCCCGGUGAAUGGACAAAAGUCUGGGUUUAUACCGCGGCCGGUGUUGCGAUCUCGUGUGCUCUCUUCCUGGCGAUCCGCGCUUUCUCGCGACCACCACCACGGACUAUGACCAAGGAAUGGCAAGAAGCUACCAACGAAUACCUCAAGUCCGAGAAAUCCAAUCCCAUAUAUGGUAUCAGUAGUGAAGGGUAUUCGGGUCGGGGCCACGUGCAGAGCAAGCCGGCCAAAGCCCAAGGCAUCAGCCUUGAAGCCGAAUAG